AUGGGUGUCUCCGACGUCGCUACUUCGGCCUAUGAGUCCCUCAAGGACAUACUCGCAGGGAGGGCGCAUAAAUACAACGCCAUCCCGGAUCAAGAGGACGAGAGAGACGAGAGAAACGAGCCUCGUGAGACUCGCUUACCAGACUCCAAACGCCGACUUCUCAGACUCACAAUCGCCGCCAUGACUUUUGCUAUUAUCCUCGCGUUGGCUCUGUGCUUCAGUUUUGUCAGUGGCCAGGCACCGCGUAACAAAUCCGAGUCCAUCUCGCAGUUCUGGGGCCAGUAUUCCCCGUUCUUCUCGGUGCCGUCCGAGAUCAACGCUGCCACGCCCCCGGGCUGCGAGGUCACCUUCGUACAAAUCCUGUCACGGCACGGUGCUCGGGACCCCACCGCCAGCAAAACGGCGAAUUACAAGGCGCUCGUCGACCGCAUCCACGCCAGCGUCACCAACUACGGCAAAGGCUUCGAGUUCAUCAAGAACUACGAGUACACCCUCGGCGCUGAUCAGCUUACGUCCUUCGGCCAGAAGGAGCUUGUCGACUCUGGCGAGGCAUUCUACAGACGCUACCAGGCGCUCGCCGCCAACAAUGACCCCUUCAUCAGAUCUUCCGGCCAGGAACGCGUGGUCGAGUCCGGUUUGAACUGGACCCAGGGUUUCUACGGCUCCAAGAUUGCCGAUGGCCACAACGGGCCUGAUGGUGGUAUCGUUGGACUCGUCACCAUCAUCCCUGAGGCGGACGGCGUCAACAACACCCUGGACCACGGCCUGUGCACCGCUUUUGAGGACGGCGCAUUCUCCAAGGUCGGCGACGAUGCGCAGGCCCCGUGGCGCGACAUCUUUACACCCCCGAUCACGGCCCGCCUCAACAAGAACCUGCCCGGCGCGAACUUGACGGCCUCGGACACCGUCAGCUUCAUGCAGCUGUGCCCGUUCAACACGGUGGUCAAUGGCACCCAGUCGCAGUUUUGCGACCUCUUCACGCUGGACGAGUGGAAGAGCCUCGAGUACUACGAGACGCUGGGCAAGUACUACGGCUUCAACGCGGGCAACCCGCUCGGGCCGACGCAGGGCGUGGGCUUCACAAACGAGCUCAUCGCGCGCCUGACGCAGCAGCCCGUCGUGGACCAUACGUCGACCAACUCGACGCUCGACGCGGACCCGGCGACGUUCCCCCUCGGCAAGAAGCUGUACGCCGACUUCAGCCACGACAACGACAUGAUGACCAUCUACGGCGCGCUGGGGCUGUAUAACAACACGCAGCCGCUGUCCAAGACGAACCGGACGUCGGUGGCGGAGACCAAGGGGUUCACGGCCAGCUGGACGGUGCCGUUCGCGGCGCGCAUGUACGUGGAGAAGAUGAAGUGCGGCGGGGCGGACGAGGAGCUGGUCCGGAUUCUAGUCAACGACCGGGUGGUGCCGCUCGUCGGGUGCGGCGCCGACGAGUUUGGGCGGUGCAAGCUGGGGUCGUUUGUGGAGAGCAUGGGGUUCGCGAGGAGCGGAGGGCGCUGGGACCAGUGUUUCGUGUGA